AUAAGAAAACCCUGUAUACACGAUCUGUCACCGAAUCUCUCUCUCUAUAUCCCUGCUGUAUCUACACAUUCUCUCUCUCCCCCACCUCAAUAAACCCAAACCCAGACCUAAACCCAAACCAAUUUGAGUUCCCACAAAUCAAAGCUAAAGAAAACCCUAAUCUUAACAACAAAGAUCCACCCUCAAUCCGCCAUGAACGAUCUUUUAUCUGAAUCAUUUGAGAACCCUCGGGGUCAAGAUCAUGGCUACGGAGAUCUUGAAAUGGGAACACAACGUAAUGCGGAUUCCGGAGAGUCAGGGUUGGAUGAAUUUUUCAAAAAGGUUCAAGCCAUUGAGAAACAAUACGAGAAGCUAAAUAAACUACUAAAAAAGUUACAGGAUGCUCAUGAGGAAUCACGGGCUGUAACGAAAGCUGCGGCUAUGAAAGCAAUCAAGCAGCGUAUGGAGAAAGAUGUGGACGAAGUUGGAAAGAUUGCGCGGUUUAUUAAAUCAAAGAUUGAAGAACUUGACAAGGAGAAUUUGGCGAACAGACAGAAGCCCGGGUGCGGAAAAGGAACGGGAAUUGACCGAUCAAGAACUGCAACUACACUUUCUUUGAAGAAGAAGUUUAAAGACAAGAUGACUGAAUUUCAGACUCUAAGAGAAAGCAUUCAUCAAGAACAUCGUGAGGUGGUGGAGAGGCGUGUGUAUACAGUGACGGGAACUAGGGCCGAUGAAGAGACAAUCGAUCGACUUAUAGAGACAGGUGAUAGUGAACAGAUUUUUCAGAAAGCAAUUCGGGAACAGGGGCGAGGACAGGUACUUGACACCCUGGCGGAGAUCCAAGAACGUCAUGAUGCAGUAAGAGAAGUAGAAAGGAAGCUUCUUGAUUUGCAACAGAUAUUUAUGGAUAUGGCUGUAUUGGUGGAUGCUCAAGGGGAAAUGCUCGACAACAUAGAGACACAGGUGACGAGUGCAGUAGACCACGUGCAGGACGGGAACAAAGCCUUACACAAGGCGAAAAGUCUACAAAAGAACUCAAGGAAGUGGAUGUGUAUCGCAAUCUUGAUUUUACUUGUAAUUAUUGCAGUUGUUGUGGUCGGUGUGCUCAAGCCAUGGAAAAGCGGAAAUGGUGCUUAGUAAAUUCGUGUAUUGUGGUUGCAUUCGCGUAUUUGAGUGAGAGGUCUUGUUCAGGAGUACGCGAUUUGUGGUCUUUACAAAACAAAAUAUAUGCCCUAUUCUUGUGUAAAUUGAGAUCCUUUAGUUGUUGUUGACCUUCAAAUUGUCUCUAUAUGCCAUUGACUCUACUUGCUCUUACA